AACACACCCUGCGGAGUGGCCCGUGUGCGUUGGUGCGUUCGUUCGAUGGAUUGCCAUUUAUGGUGAUCGACGAGUGAAACAUCAAAUCAAACAACAUUUGGGAUGUUGCUGUAGAAUAACAUAAGAAUUGAUCGCGAAGGAAGAAAACCGACACCCACCGUCUCGUGCGCUCGCGAUUAAGAUGUUCGGCAGCUUGAGAUGGCUGAUUAUAUCAGGAGUGUUAGUGGCAGGCCUACUAGCCUCAUUCGUCCAAGCCAAUUAUCCUCCUCCGGAGAGAUUAACUGGCAUGAAUCCUUGUAUCAGUAAACAGACAUGUCAUGAAUGCAUACAGACACCACAUUGCGCUUGGUGUGCAGCCCCAAAAUUCCCUGAAAAAAGGUGCUUUCUUCCAAAUAUCAAUACCAAGAUAUUUGCAACAUGUCCUUCCGAAUAUACAUGGAAUCCGGACAAUGUCUUCAGCAUGCUACGACAUCGUAACUUGACAAAGGGUGGUUAUGCUAUUGGUGGUGGUGGAAUUGGAGGAGGGUAUGGCAGCAUUGAAAGCUCGUACUCCAACUUUUCAUCUUCCAGUUCAUCCUCCUCCCAUUUUCACAAGGAGAGUUCAAGUGGAAGUGGAAGCAGAAGACAGGAGGCUGUGCAGAUGUGGCCGCAGGAAGUUAAUCUGAAACUAAGAAUAAACGAAGCUUACAGAAUGUCUUUUGCUUACUCUCAAGCGGAGGAUUAUCCCGUGGAUCUGUACUACCUUAUGGAUCUGAGCAAGUCCAUGGAGGAUGAUAAGAAGAAAUUAUCCGACUUGGGACAAUUAUUGGUUGAGAGCAUGAGCAAGAUCACGAGCAAUUUCCGUCUGGGUUUCGGUAGUUUUGUUGACAAAGUCGUAAUGCCAUAUGUCAAUACAGUGCCAAAAUCUCUUAUCGAACCAUGUGAUGGUUGCGCGGCGCCUUAUGGAUACAAAAACAUUAUGACACUUUCUCAAGACACGAGCAAAUUUGCGGGACUUGUGCGUAAUGCAUCCGUGUCUGGCAACCUGGAUGCGCCUGAGGGUGGUUUCGAUGCGAUUAUGCAGGCGAUAGUUUGUCGGAAUCAGAUAGGUUGGCGCGAGAAGGCACGUCGGCUGCUGGUGUUCUCGACAGACGCCGGUUUUCAUUAUGCAGGCGAUGGCAAGCUGGGCGGCAUUAUCAAGCCGAACGAUGGCUUAUGCCACCUGGACACCAGCGGUCUGUACACCCAUUCAUCCCUGCAGGACUACCCAAGCAUCUCACAGAUCAACUUGAAAGUGAAACAGAACGCAAUAAACAUCAUAUGGGCGGUCACGGAGGAGCAGAUCAACGUCUACAAAAGAUUGACGAAACACGUGGAGGGCUCCUUCGCCGGUAAACUGUCCGACGAUUCCAGCAACGUUGUGGAAUUAAUUCGCGAACAAUAUGAUGCCAUCUCUAGCUCGGUGGAGAUGAAGGACACUGCCAGCAGCGCGGUCAAGGUGAAAUAUUUCUCGAGUUGUUUAGGCACCGGACCGGCGAUCGAGACGUCGAAAUGCGACGGCUUGAAAGUCGGCACGAAGGUCGAAUUCAUCGCAGAGAUCGAGGUCACCAGUUGUCCGGCCAACAGAUCAGAAUGGAAGCAGAAGUUUGACAUUUAUCCAGUCGGUAUUAACGAGACUCUUACGGUGAAUCUGGAGAUGCUAUGCGAUUGUGAAUGCGAACGCGAAGGCCACAUGUACGAAGAGAAAUCGUCCGAGUGCAACGGUGUAGGCACGCUUAAAUGCGGCGUUUGUGAAUGCUACGACGGAUUCUUCGGCAAACGCUGCGAGUGCAGUCCACACCAGGAGCUUACCGGCUUUGACAAGCAUUUCCAAUCGUGCCGACCCGAUAACGCUUCACUCGUGGACUGCUCCGGCCGCGGUACAUGUGCCUGCGGUCAGUGCGAGUGUGAGGAACGAGAAAAUCCAGAGGAGAUAAUAUCGGGACAUUUCUGCGAGUGCGACAACUUUUCUUGUGACCGCGACCAAGGCAAGCUUUGCUCGGAUCACGGCACUUGUGAAUGUGGCCAGUGCGUCUGCAACGCCGGUUGGACUGGGCCGUCCUGCAACUGUAGAUCCUCUAAUGAUUCCUGCAUUGCGCCGGGAACCACAAAUGGUAUCCUCUGCUCGGGCCACGGUGAUUGCGUUUGCGGAGAAUGCAUCUGUCACGAAGAAGGCAACACCCGAUACUCCGGCAAGCACUGCAACAAAUGCCCGACCUGCCCGAGCCGCUGCGAGGAAUUGAAGCCUUGCGUGCAGUGUCAGAUGUACGGCACGGGUAAUUAUAGCGAUGCGGAGGAAUGCGCGAGAAACUGCAAAGAGUUUGUGCCAGAGGGUGUGGAAACAGUGAUCGUCGAUGUGGACAACGACGAGGUGCCAUGCUUCGGCACCGAUGAAGACGACUGCAAGUACAAUUUUGUUUACUAUUACAACGAGACCAACUGCCUCCAGGUGCGAGCGCAAAACGAGCGCGAGUGCCCACCGCAGGUUUAUAUGCUCGGAAUCGUGUUGGGCGUGAUUGCGGCAGUGGUCCUGAUCGGACUGGCGUUAUUACUGCUGUGGAAGCUGCUGACAACCAUACACGACAGACGGGAGUUUGCACGGUUCGAGAAAGAGAGAAUGAUGGCCAAGUGGGACACGGGAGAGAAUCCGAUCUACAAGCAAGCGACUUCCACGUUUAAGAAUCCAACAUACGCUGGAAAAUAACGCAGCGUGAGGCAAGGAUAACGCGGAAUUUUUCAAGCGGAAUCGCAUCGUCGCCGCGACGUGACGCGAUUUCGCGCAAUUCGUGUCAAACAGCUGCAAGCAUUGACUGCGCGCAAUUUGAUGUCUCGUUUCGAAUGUGGCAGGGAUGCGAGAUACGCGAAAUCUGAAGAUCUUCGACGGUAUAACAACAUCUAGAUCUAACGUUUUAGCAUAUAAUUAUUUAAAGGAACUAAUAUUUAAAUACGGUAUACUCUAUAUUUUGUUGAGAUAUUUGUAUAGAAUGACUUAAUACUGCCAUAUAACAUAGAGACUGCAUUACGAAACACGCGAAGCGUGCGUCAUUUGUUUACGAAGUUGUAACGUUACAUCUUAUCGCGCGGUUCUAAGAACCACGUGACUUAGGCUAAUUUUCAUAUCCAAGUGCCUUUAAUAUCACGACGACGAUGUGCUUGCAUUAACUCUCAGUUACCUUUGCAUUUUGCUAUCUUGGUUCUCGUUGCCUUCUCUUUCGUUCAGAAACGGACAACUAUAAAGAAUCUUGUAUAUCUUUUACAAGAGCAAUUCAUAAAGUAUGAUUCGUGCAACAAAAUUUGACAAUGCAUUUAACUUUGGAUCUUCUUCGUCACGUAAUGUAAUCGUUUUAGAGAACCGCAUUUUAUUUCUCUUUUGCGUGCAACUGUAAGGAAACUCGAAAAUGUUUAUAGGAAAUUGUAUAAAUGUAUAAAGUACUGCCCGACUCGAAUAGAAGUAAGUUUACUCCGUGUUAUUAUAAUAAAAGAAAAUUGAAAAAUGGUGGACUCGGAAACAAAUUGGAAUUCGAAGAGUAAAUUCGAUUCGUAAUGCAGAAUAUUAGAGCGAAGUGUAUAAAUUAUAAAAUGAAAUAUUCUUUACUGGAAAACGUUUCGAGAUUAUUUGAUUUCUUAGAGUUUCUUAGAUUAUUUUCAACCUGAAUAAACUAAUGUAAAGUUUAUGAAUAGAUAGAUUUGUGUUCCUGAUCAAUGGUAUGCGAGCUGUUCUUUGUAAUCGUCGAAAACUCGUCGAAAACUCGUCGAUAGUGUGGUAAAAACCCAAGAUCAGAAGGUCUAGACAAGUAAAAAUAUUAUCGUUCACCUGUUAACUAUAGUUCUGGCCUUAGGCCCGAGGGGGAGGGAAGCGAUUUAAGCUCUUGUUUAGGGACGUUGGAAAUCUUGGAAAGUUAUCUCAUUGAUGUUUAUUCAGGUUUAAAACUGUUUAGAAUAAAAUCGAAACGUUUUUGUAGAAUUCUGUAAAUCUACAUAUAGAACAUAGGAUAUCGAUAUUGUGCGUUAUGAUUCGGAUUGCCCUGCAAAUUUUGAUGCGUGUCAUAACGUUAGCUCGAUGAUGAUAACACAAUUAUGACCCGUAUUAUUUCACACACACAUCGAUAUAUACAUUUAUGUAGUCGAGAUCGUUAUACGUUAUUUCUAAUGUAGAAAAGAUGCAAAUAAGGAUUUUGGAAUGGACCAUGAAUAAUUGUGCAGUGUAAACGACACGUGACAACCGAAUUAUUCAUAUUUCAAUCUUUUCUAUUUUCAUGAAUCUCACGAAGAACAUCGAUCUACGAAAGAUUAGAAUUACGUGUUGGUUUUUCUCUCUAUUGUGCCACAGUAAGAAAAGAGAAAUAGUGCAAUCCAAAACCGAGUUAAUCGUUAUAUUCGUUGUUCAUCUAAACAAUUUUAUUUAAUUUUUUUAAACAUUUUUAUAGUAACCAAUUUUAUAGCGACCUUGCGAGAUUAUAUUAAUCGCGUUUGUUUUUCUUUUUGUAUCAAUUUGACUUGAAUGUAUUGUUACAGUCACAUUUACUUCGUAUGCGAUUGUUCAUAAACACGAUAGAUUACAUGUAAAUCCGAUAUGCGAGGAUUAAUAAAAACGAGAUGUGUUAAAAA